GAUGAAAUUUGGAAUCUAGUUCUUGCACACAUUCAUUCAUGGCUUCUCUCCUUUCUCUCAACCAAUCUCAUUUAUUUCUCUUCUCCUUUCAUUGAAUGCAGCAACUUAAAGACUCAGCUCCUUUCCCUGCAGAAAUUAGUUGAAGAGAGAGUAAAAAGGAAAAAAGAGGGGUCCCUAGCCUUCUUUCUUUCCCUGGACCUAAAAUUAUUAUUAUUUUCUUUCCCUAUUGCCCUUAUUGCCGCUUUUUAUUCUUUUGAUUUUUUGAAGAACACUACCCACUGAAACUUCCUCCUCCUUCAAUUAGCCAGAAACUGGUUUUUAAAAAUUGUUUUUAUUAAAGGUGUUAAAUUUGAAGGGUGCAUGAAAUAGUGGAAAAUUGAAAUCCAACGGCUGCAUUAAUGAAGAGGGCAUCUGAUGGUUAGAACGUUGUAGAGAAAGAGAGACACAAAGAGAUGGUGAAAUUCAAGGAAACAGACUGGCGUUAUUCAUCCUCCUCCUUUAAUGACUUAAUUCUUCCUCCUCUUUAAUUUUCCACCUAUAAAAAUCACCCCCUUUUUUCCUUUCCUUCUUAUGCUCCAUUCAGUUUCUUCUUCUUCAUCAUCAUUCAUCAUCAUCAUCAGUCAUCGCAAACAAAUAUUCAUUCACACACACACACUCACCUAGUACUCCUCCCUCCUCCCUCCAUUCAUGUGGUUUUUGCUUCUCUGACUUCACAAAACACAUUCUCUCAAACAUAACUCCCUUUGUAGAGUAAAGCUACUCCCUUUUAGCUGUCCGUACAAAAAACACUCCAAAUCAAAAACUUGUUCAUUUUCUUAGCUCAAACACUCCAAAGUCUGAAACUUUAUACAGAAUCAGCCAACUUUAGACCAUUUUAUGCAAAAAAAAAAAAAAAGCCAACAGACAUUAUAGGUUAUCUUCUCUUCAGGGCUGAUAUUUUUCCUGCUUGCUUUUAAGCUAGCAUUUUCAAUAUUAUUAUCAUCCCAUUAUUAGUAUAUACUAGUUUUUUUUUUUUUUUUUUUGGGUUCGUUCGUUAGGUGAACGAUUAGAUGGAUUUCUACGUAGCCAUUUUGUUGUUUACUGCUGUAACUUCAUACUUGAUAUGGUUCACCUACAUUUCCAGACCUUUUAAAGGUCCUAGAGUUUGGCCACUUCUGGGCAGCCUGCCCGGACUCAUCGAAAACGCUGACCGCAUGCAUGAAUGGAUCGCCGACAACCUACGCGCCUGCGGCGGCACGUACCAGACCUCCAUCUGCGCCAUCCCCUUCUUGGCUCGGAAGCAAGGUCUCGUGACCGUCACGUGCGACCCGAAGAAUCUGGAGCACAUCUUGAAGACCCGGUUCGACAACUACCCGAAGGGUCCGACCUGGCAGGCCGUGUUUCAUGAUCUGUUGGGUCAAGGAAUAUUCAACUCCGACGGUGACACGUGGCUUUUUCAGCGGAAGACGGCGGCGCUUGAGUUCACCACCAGGACGCUCCGGCAGGCCAUGGGUCGUUGGGUCAACCGGGCCAUCCAGCAGCGGUUCUGCCCGAUUUUGGAAGCGGCUCAGAAGGACUCUAAGCCGGUUGACUUGCAAGACCUCUUGCUACGGCUCACUUUUGAUAACAUUUGCGGCUUGACAUUUGGGAAGGAUCCACAGACUAUGGCUCCCGGCUUGCCGGAUAACAGCUUCGCCUCGGCUUUCGACAGAGCCACGGAGGCGUCGCUUCAGCGGUUUAUCUUUCCGGAAGUGAUGUGGAAGCUGAAGAAAUGGCUUCGGCUUGGAAUGGAAGUCAGCUUGAGCCGGAGCCUCGUCCACGUGGACGAAUACUUGUCCAGCAUCAUCGACUCCAGGAAGCUCGAGCUGAUGAGUCAGCCAAAAGACGGGGCCCAGCACGAUGACCUGUUAUCGAGGUUCAUGAAGAAGAAGGAAUCCUACACGGACACCUACUUGCAACACGUGGCACUGAGCUUCAUCCUAGCUGGACGUGACACGUCAUCCGUCGCCCUGAGCUGGUUCUUCUGGCUGAUGAUGCAGAACCCAUCCGUGGAGGAGAAAAUCCUACGAGAAUUAUGCACUGUUUUGAUGGAGACUCGCGGUGAUAACGUAUCAUCCUGGAGGGACGGGCCGUUGACUUUCGACGAAGUUGACCGCCUGGUGUAUCUGAAAGCUGCAUUGUCGGAAACGCUGAGGUUGUACCCUUCAGUGCCUGAGGAUUCAAAACACGCAAUCGCCGAUGAUGUUUUGCCGGAUGGUACUUUUAUUCCGGCAGGAUCGUCGAUUACGUAUUCGAUAUAUUCAGCAGGGAGGAUGAAGUACACGUGGGGCGAAGACUGUUUAGAGUAUAAGCCAGAAAGAUGGUUAUCUGAUGAUGGCAAGAAGUUCAUGAUGCACGAUCAGUUCAAGUUUGUUGCUUUCAAUGCUGGUCCAAGAAUAUGUUUAGGUAAAGAUUUGGCGUAUCUGCAAAUGAAGUCGGUGGCGGCGGCUGUGUUACUCCGGCAUAAACUCAGCCUGAUGCCAGGACACAAGGUGGAGCAAAAGAUGUCAUUGACAUUGUUCAUGAAAUAUGGACUUAAAGUUAAUCUUCAGCCAAGGGAUCUUUCUGGAAUAGUAGCUAGUAUUAAGAUGAAUAAUAAUUGUAAGUCAACUGAGUUGUCAUCAUCAGAUGUGGUGGUCGGAUCAUCUGGUGUUGAGUGUAAUGGACAAUGUGAAGCUUGCUGUGGGAAGAGUGGUGGUGCCGCCGCCGCCGUUGGUUGUUGAUCCACCGCCCCUGGUUAUUUGUUUGUUUUUUUUUUUUUUAUAAGUUUUGAAGUCACAAGAGUUUGGUUGAGGGUAGAUGGUUUACAAUUAGUGCAUUGCCCCAACUCAGAGCAUUUUGGUGGUGUUAAUGAAAGGAGGAGGCUGGAUGGUCUUGUGGUUGUGGGGAUAGCUUCACGUGGAUGCUGCUUAUUCAAUUUUUGGUCGGUUUUUAAUUUGGAGGGAAACCAUUGAAUGCUGAUUUGCUUUUGGUGUUCAAAGAGUUGUCAUGAAUUUGCAUUUUCUCAUUUAUUGCAGAUGCAAAGCAGAACUUUCAAAAUGGGUUCGUUCCUAGUGGUACAGAAAAACCAGCCCCCCACCUUGUAAUUUCCUUAGUUCUUUGGUGGUGUUUUUUUUUUUAACCUUUUUUCCCAUCCCCAACAUAUAAAAUUCUAUGAUUCUUUUGUAUUUGUUUUUUCUGUAAAUUUUUGUUUCUAUUCAUCUCUAAUAAAAG